AUGGGUAAUGACGGUGGAAGUAUCCCAACCCGCCGCGAGCUCGUUCGCGAAGCGGCUCGAGCUCCGAGUACGGCGCAAGUAAAAGAGACCCAGCGCGAGCAGCAAGAACAUUCCUGGACCACAUGCCCACUUUCACACAAAUCUCUCGCACGACCUAUAGUCUCCGACUCUGCGGGAAAUCUUUACAACAAGGAUGCUGUCCUGCAAUUCCUGCUUCCAGGCGACGACGGCGAAGGAAUCAGCUCCAAGGCCGACUGUGAGGAGAUCCUGUGCGGGCGCGUCAAAUCGCUCCGAGAUGUCAUCGAAGUCAAAUUUGAAGUGGACACCGAGCUUGCUGAGCAUCCGUCGGGUCGUGCGCAUGCGCCUCGUGGGCGUCAGGAGGGCUGGAUCUGUCCGAUCACCGCGAAGCCGUUGGGCCCUAACGUGAAAUCCGUGUAUUUGGUUCCAUGUGGACAUGUCUUCGCAGAGGAGGCUAUCCGCCAGCUCAAGGGGGACAAGUGUUUACAGUGUAACGAAUCUUACGCGGAAGAGAACAUCAUUUCAAUCCUCCCCAUCAAAGAAGACGAUAAGCAAAGACUCAUCGCGCGGGGCCAUAAGCUUGCCGAGCAAGGUCUCACACACUCCCUCAAGAAAGCACCAGGCUCAAAGAAGCGCAAGAAGCACGCGGAGGCGAGUGAUGCUAGCACUAAAGAGGCGACUGGUGCAGAUGCCUCCAAAUCAUCAACCGAACCCAAAGACCGGAGCCAAACCUCCACGCCAGUCCCAAGUAAUGCUCCAGUCAGUGGAAUCAAAAAUGCUGCCACCUCUUCGCUCACUGCCCGUGUCCUGGCGGAAGAGAAUGAGAAAAAGAAGCGGCGGAAGAUGAUGACCCAGAGCUCAACCAUCAACAGUCUAUACUCCAAAAAGGAUGGCUCGAAAGAUGGGGCAGCCAAGGGGAGUGACUUCAUGACCAGAGGAUUCUCCCUCUCAUAA